AUGUUUGGGCUAGGUUCAAUAACUGGAAGCAAUUCCGCCGUUUUUGAUCCCGAAAAUGAUAUUCCCUCUCUGGCUGGAAAGGUUAUACUGAUCACUGGCGGUAGCUCCGGGCUAGGGAAGCAAUCUCUCAUUUACUUGGCUCGGAAGAAGCCUUCUGAAAUCUGGUUUACUUCAAGGACAAGAAGUGAAGCCGAGGAAACCUGCAAAGACAUCCGUGAGCACGCUCCCGAUACAACCAUUAAGCCCUUGACCCUCGAUCUCGGUUCCUUCAAAUCUAUACGAAGCGCUGCGCAACUUCUUCUGAGCCAAAUCAAUCGUCUUGACAUCCUCAUGUUGAAUGCGGGGGUGAUGGGGAUUGCACCCGGUCUAACUAAGGACGGCUACGAAAUCCAAUUCGGCAUCAACUACUUGGGGCAUGCCUUGUUAACGAAGCUUCUGCUCCCGAUCCUCAAAGCGACCGCCAAUGAAGAUCACGCAGUACGUGUGGUCAUCCUCAGCUCAUAUAGCCACUGGAACGCGCCCGGAGGAGGGAUUCAAUUCCAACACCUGAAAACUACAGCAGAACAAAUACCUACUCUCCAAAGAUAUGCCCAAAGCAAACUAGCCAAUAUUCUCCUUGCCCGCCAGCUUGCCAAGGAACAUCCCGAGGUCACUUUCGUGGCGGUUCACCCGGGAGCGGCUGACACUGACUUGCAGGCGGGUGUAACAGGCAUUGGGCUGGUAGAAAGAAUUCUGAAUGCGACUCUCAAUCGUUUCCUUCUCUAUCAGCCAGUGGAAACGGUGGCGAAACAUCAAGUCUGGGCCGCGACGACGAUAAAGGAGUUGGUAAACGGAGAAUACUACGACCCAUUAGGCUUGCCAGGGAAAAGACGGCCUGAAGCGACAGACGAGGAUUUGAUGAAUAGGUUAUGCAACUGGACCGAGGAGGAACUGAAGGCUUUCUCUACGCUUGAGAGUUAA